GACAGGAGGGGACAGCCGGGGGGGUCGGGCUCUGCUCCCAGGGAACAGGGACAGGACAAGGGGAAAUGGCCUCAAGCGAUGCCAGGAGAGGUUUAAUUUGUAUAUAGAUAGGAUAGAUGGGGAUAUUUCUUCACGCAAAGCAUGCUCAGGCACUGUCACAGGCUGCCUGGGGCAGUGGUGGAAUGCCAGUCUUGGAAGUGUUCAAAGAGCCGUGUGCAUGUGGCACUUGAGGGCAUGGUUUAGUGGUGGUGGUGGUGCUGGGGGAAUGACUGGACUUGGAAGGCUUUUCCAAUCUUUACAAAUCCACGUUUCUAUGAUUCUUUAGAUCCUGGCCUUAACCCCCCUGCAAGGAUCGUGGGAUGCGCAGGUGUGGGUCUGCUAUGGGAUCAGUCCCCCUUGGCACCCUGUGUCCACAGGACAGCCUCUGGGGUGUGCAUCCCUGCAGGGUCACUGCCAUGGUACUGAAGGUGUUCUUUCCAUCGUGCUGCUCCUCAGCGGACAGCGGCAUUUUGAUCGGCCGCUGGAUCUCUGAGCAGAACUCUGCUGUCAUCCUUGCUGUGCUACACUUCCCCUUUAUCCCUGUCCAGGUGAAGCAGUACCUUGGGGAAGUUCAGCACUUGACUAAAGUCAGUGUUUCUGUGCUUGGCUCAUGGAGCAAUAGCAAACAGGAGAAAGAAGAGAGUCUCAGUGAGUUCUUGGAGGACCUUGGGACCAUAUUCUGCCAUGAGCCAUGGAUCCAGAUAAGCAAAGAGGGAGACAGCAAAUUCUGGAGCUGUUCUAUCCUUCAGAAACACCCUAAGAACCCUCAGGAGGAAGAAAUCAUCUUGGUAUACUAUGACCAGCGCAAGGUCAUGCUUUCCCAUCUCCACCCCCCUUUGGACACAGCUGGCCAGAGGGCAGAGGAUGCCUCAAAGCUCUCGGCCAUCUUUGACACAGUGGCCAGGAGCCAGGUUCUGUUCAUGACGGACAGGUACGACGAGGGGCCCAUCAAGCUGACCCACUGGCAGUCGGAUGGGGUGGAGGCCAGUAUCAUCGUGGAGCUGCUGAAGCAGGCCUCUGUACCUGCCUGCAUGCUGCUGACAUUCCUGCUCUCACUGGUCUCUGGGAUCUGCAGGAGCAGGGUGCUGAAGUUUUGGCCUUUGUCUUUCUUGUGGAGCAAACUCUCAACUUGUGAGCAGCUGGGACAUCGCCUGCAGCACCUCCAGGUCAUCAGCAGCAACAAGAAGGCUCAAAACCAAAAUCAGCUGAUGAGGAAAGCCAACAUCUUUGUGUCUCUGCUGAUUGAUGUGGCCCUGGGGAUACUGCUGAUGUCGUGGCUGUACAGGAAGAACCGCAUUGGUCACCUUGCUGACACUCUCAUCCCUGUGGCUGACCACGUGGCUGAAGAGCUGCAGGACCUGCUCCAGUGGCUGAUGGGAGCACCAGCUGGACUGAAAAUGAACCGAGCCUUGGAUCAAGUUUUGGGCCGUUUCUUCCUUUAUCACAUCCAUCUUUGGAUCAGCUACAUCCACCUGCUGUCCCCCUUCAUUGAGAUGAUCCUGUGGUACGUGGGGCUGUCGGCUUGUCUGGGCCUGACCGUGGCUCUCUGCAUCCUCUCCGACAUCAUCGCGCUCCUGACCUUCCACAUCUACUGCUUCUAUGUCUACGGGGCCAGGCUCUACUGCCUGAAGAUCUACGGCCUGUCCUCUCUGUGGCGCCUGUUCCGAGGCAAGAAGUGGAACGUGCUGCGGCAGCGGGUGGAUUCCUGCUCCUAUGACCUGGACCAGUUAUUUAUUGGCACUUUGCUGUUCACGAUCCUGCUGUUCCUUCUGCCUACAACUGCACUGUAUUAUUUGGUGUUUACCCUGCUCCGGUUGCUGGUGGUGAUUGUGCAGGGCCUCAUACACUUGCUGGUGGACCUGAUUGACUCCCUGCCUCUUUAUUCCCUUAUCCUUCGCCUCUGCAGAUCCUACAGGCUCGCAGCUGGAGUGAAGUUCAGAGUGCUUGAGCAGCAGGAUGGAAAACCUCUGCGUCUCCUUAUGCAGAUCAACCCCCUCUCCUAUGGAGGUGUGGUCCAGACAUACAGACUGCCCACCUACAGCUGCUAUCCCAGGGACUCCUGGGCAUCUCUCUGCAAGAAACUGUUCCUUGGAGAGCUCAUCUACCCUUGGAAACACAAAGGAGACAAGCAGAACUAAAGACAGUGGAAGAACUUAGGAACUUGACCUGAAAAACAUACUGACUCCUAAUGUUUGGGACCAAAGGCUACUCAGAGCCAGCAACUGCUCCAUCCCUUUAAACAGAUUUUGGUAACAUAGGAAGGGCUGAAUUUUUAAAGGCAAGUAUUUUUAAACAUUAUAUUUCAACUUUCUCUUCCCCUACACUGUGUUUGUAUAUUAUGCUAAUGAUUAUUUUGGAAGCAAAAGGUUAAACCCAUCAGUGCCUCAUGAAACCAGUGUCAUGGAGGGAGCAGCUCCCAAAUGUUUCGGUGAUGAAUUUCUCCUUCCAUGUCAGCUCACAGGGCUAUAGCAAAUCAGCCCCUCAGGUGGUUCGGAGCCACAAUGCUGUGGUGCCUUCAGCCAGAGCAUGUUUUGGACCUUUUAUGCUUCAGCCCUCAAGCCAGCUGAUCAAAAACAUGUGGAGAAUCAGCUUGUGGAGUUCUACAAUGAAAACUGAACAGCUGGGUGUCUGAGUUCAUGGGAUAUUUAUUAAUUUCUUUUGAGGAGAGCUUGCAUUCACCCUCACUGCAGCACCAGAGGUGUUGGAAGAGCGAGGCUGGAGGCCCAGAAGCACAGACUGUUUUAUCGUGAUUCUGUGAUUUCUCUUGGGAGGGUAGUUUGCUUUGGAUACAUUUCCAAAGUGCAUGAGUGCUUGGCUUUCCAUGUUCUGGUCUUAUUUUGAUGUGUCUCCUAUUCUCUCUCUUGGAAAGGGUGCCUGUGCACUGGAGGAUGUCCCACUGGGUAUGCGGUGGUUGUGUCAAAUUUAAAUACAGUCCUUACCCAAAAUGCA